ACGCGUUUGUGCCCUACGGCUCUCCGUCCGCGCAGCCAUGGCGGCCGCCGCUCUCACGGCGUGGCUGGCCUUGCACCCGGGAGUCAGGACCCUGCGUGCAUUCUCCACCGCCGUGUCCCCAGCCACUCCUAGCCUUCAAAGAACGUCCAAAACUGAAAGAAUGUGGAAAAGAAAGGCACUGCCUCCUAGGACAGAGAAAAUGGCUGUUGACCAGGACUGGCCUAGCGUUUACCCUGCUGCAGCGCCAUUUAAACCCUCUGUGGUCCCUCUUCCUAUUAGAAUGGGUUAUCCAGUAAAAAAGGGCGUGCCGUUGGCAAAGGAGGGAAAUCUAGAACUUUUAAAGAUUCCCAAUUUUCUGCAUUUGACUCCUGUAGCAAUUAAAAGGCACUGUGAAGCUCUUAAAGAAUUUUGCACUGAGUGGCCAGCUGCACUCGACAGUGAUGAGAAAUGUGAGAAGCAUUUUCCAAUUGAAAUUGACACUGCUGAUUACGUUUCAUCAGGACCGUCUAUUCGAAACCCCAAAGCACGAGUAGUAACCUUAAGGGUUAAACUUUCCAGUUUGAAUUUAGAUGACCACGCAAAGAAGAAACUUAUUAAGCUUGUAGGAGAGCGAUACUGCAAGACCACAGAUGUGCUUACCAUCAAAACAGACAGGUGCCCUUUAACGAGACAGAAUUAUGAUUAUGCAAUGUAUCUACUAACAGUUUUAUACCACGAGUCUUGGAAAACCGAAGAAUGGGAAAAACAUAAGACUGAAGCAGACAUGGAAGAGUAUGUAUGGGAAAAUAGCUCCUCAGAAAAAAAUAUCCUGGAAACACUUCUCCAGAUUAAAGCUGCUGAGAAAACUACGGACGUAAAUGAAGAAGAACUCCUUGGUACUAAAGAAGUUGAAGAUUACAAAAAUUGUGUCGUUACUCUUAAGAACGAGGGGGAAAAUGAAAAUACCCUUUCUCAGUACAAAGAAUCAGUGAAGAGACUGUUAAAUUUGACAUGAAUUACAAAGUAGAAAAAUCUGCUUUAUUUAUUAAUUUGAUGAUAGAUGUAAUCAGUAUCUAAUUGGGUGUAAAAUUGAAAAUGUUAAAAAAUCAUCUUAUAUCAGAGUUAAAGUUACUUCAUUUCAUACUAAUGCUCACUGGCAGUAAUUAUUCUAAAGUUUUCUUAUUUGUACACUGGCACAAUUAGAGUAAUUAGAUCUCUGAUCUUUUUUCUUUUUAUUGUAAAGUGUUUUGAUUUUAUUUCUACACAAUAACUUUGUAUGCAUAUAUACAUAUACUUAAUUGUUAUUUUGUCACUUGCCACAUUUCUUUCCCCACAAGCUGGCAUUCAGCGGUUGCUUUUGAGUAAUGAUUUUGGUUCUUUGGGAAGGUAGGCCCAGGCCCUAGUCCCUUGACUUGCAGGUCAGUACUGGUUCACAUGGCUGCCUUCUAGCCAUUCCAUUUUUCAAAGUUGCCAAUUCUGGUCAGAAACAGGUCUCAGGAGUAUUUUGUAACCUGAAAUAUUUAUUCCAUCCCUCCCUUUUGGGGGCACUUUAUGUUGAUUCAACUCUGUCGAGCAUUCUGCUUUCUAUAUUGUGAGGCUCAUUUUGCCAGGCCUAAACUUGCAGAAGAGUAGAAGUGGAGAUUAGCUGGUUUUCAUCCCUUUGGAUGCCCCAGUUAGAGAGCUGCCACAGCUCAGAAAGAAGUGACAUAUAAGGACCUUGAAUUUAAUUGGAGUAAAUUACAAAAUAAAAACUACCCUAACAUAUAUUCCAUUCAAUUUGGCUAUCAGUUCAGUAUUUUUAAGUAUACCUGUAAGCUUUUUCUUACCACUUCCAUACUUGUUGACAAGUGAUUAAUUUCGAAUCAGAGUAAAGGGAUUAUUGAGCAUUUAUUUGCCUAACAGAUUUAUUUUGUCUAACAGAAUUAGAGAAUAUAAAUAAAAGCCAAAAGGAAUUUCAAAACAAUUUCCUAAGACAUUUGCAUAAAAUGAAGGUUGAGCUGGGCACAGUGGGCCCUGCUUGUAAUCCCAGCACCUCUGAAGGCUAAGGCAAGAGGAUCACCUGAGGCCAGGAGUUUGAGACCAGCCGGGGCAACAUAGAGAGACACUCUGCCCCGUCUUAAAAAGAAAAGUUAUAGUUUGGUAUUGGUAAGGCCAAGGCUCUAGAGGAUAUAAAGGACAACAGGAAAGAGACAUGUGUUGUGUUCCAUUUGAUGGAAAUAGUGAAUGAAAAGCAAAAUAGGUAAAACAAUUUUUUGAUCAUGUUUAGAACACACUUUAAGAAAUAUAUCAGUUCAUUUAGAGACUUGUGUGGAGUUAAGGAAAACUCGUAUGCAGAAACAGGAUUGAAGACGGAAACAUUUUGAAAAGAGUAGAAGCUAAAAAGAGGUGUCACUGGGGAACAUGUGAAGAAGUGGCAGCUUAGGGUGGUCCAUCCUGUGUGAUAAUACAGCAUAGAUGAGAGCAGAAGGAGUAAUGAUCUGUAAUAAAGAAUUUGACCAAAGAGAGAUCUGGCCUUUACCCAGACUCUCUAAUAGGAGUGUCUUUGUUUUGGCUGAGAGCUAGCCCCAGAAGAUCUGAGGACGGGACCAGCCAUGCCAGAAAAACCAGCCACGGGAUUUAGCGUGAAUGCUUUGGGUCACAUGGUAUCAGUCCACCUGGCAGCUGAGAUCAACUACCCAGGCAGACAGUCAGUCAUACCUACAUAAUGGAACCCAAUAAAAGCUCUGAACACUGAAGCUCGGGCAAACUUCUCUGGCUGGCAGUACUCCAUCCAUAUUGUCACACACUGAUCCUGGGAGCUAAGCAUUUUUGACCCUUCCUGGACUUCAACCUGUGUGCUGCGUCUCUUGGGUGAUUUUAAUAUCUAUCCUUUCCUGUAAUAAACCAUAAUCAUGAGAAUGAUUGUU